AUAAUUAACUGUUUAAAGUUAAAAUCCUUUCAGAUCUGGUUGAUUUGCCAACACCGCUGUGGUAACAGCAAGUGCAGCAUAGUAUUACAGCAAACUCUCAUUGAAUUCCUUUGUCAGAGAUAUAACAGAGGCACAAUUGGUGGAUCUGUUUUCAGUAUAGCCAAGCAAACUCACAUUGUUUUACGCAACAGAGAUGUCAGUCAAAAGUAAUUGCAACCCCAAAUCUAUUUUUCAUGCUGCACACUGUCCAAGGAGUUGGAAGUGGGCAACCAGCCUCCUGCUGCACUUCAUCCAACAGCUCACUGUGGCUGCUCCUUGUUUCAUUACACACUGCGAUAUUUAAAACUGAUCCAAGGACAAGAAAUUGCCAAAAUGUCAGUGUCUGGUUUUGUAGGUGCAGUUUUGAUGUAUGAUCAUGGUCAGUGUCAAAACUUGUGAUAAAUAUAGUGCGUUACCGGCAACUGCUUCACAAGAAAAGCCACCAUGUGUUUCACCAGUUGAACACAUUAACAUGAAGCGGCAGUAGUAAGAAAUGUUCAGUUGGUAUCAGCAGUAACAUGCUGUAAUACAGCUCUGAUACCACAUUAGGAGUGAACAGUAACAGUAACAGUGAGGCUAAUAACAAUGUGAUACCAUUACAAACCACAAUGGAUUCCCACCAGCCUGUGAAUGGUGGACUCCGCCACUUAUAAUGAAAACUACUACAUAGAGAGAUAAUUACAGAAUGUUGACAGAAUGUAAUUAGAUUGAAUGGCUAUUGCAGAAAAAAAAUCAGCAUAAAUAUCAUAAUCAAAAACAGGGUUUGAUUUAAUGACAUUUAUAGUGAUUGUAGCUUUAAAAGGCUACGUUGUUGAUAUCUGCCUGCCUAUUGGUCUUUAUGCUAAAUCUGUCCACUCACUUGUAAGUAAACCAAGUUGUCCUCUUUUAGCAUCCCACUGUUUUCAGAUAUUGUAUGUUUGCGCCUCCUUGUGUUUGUAAGUGCUCGGUGUUAGUGCAUUUCUUGGACAUCUUAACCUAAUAUAUUGCGAAUGUGUCUAUUGAUUUUACAGUGAAGGGAAUGUGAGGAUCAAACAGCCUGGUCAUUAUAGCAAAUUUCAAUUUAGUCCACAGUUUGAACUACAGUACAUCUGCUUGGUGAAAGGACAGAUAGUAUCAUCAGUUUCACUUCCUGUCAUUACCAUGGAAUGAAUCAAAGAUGUAAAUUAUUUUAAUGGCUUAACCACUAAAGGAAAUGUGGCAGAGGUUUCAUUUGUGCAGUGGUCGGGCUACAAAAAGGAUUUUUACCGUUGGUUUCUCAGUGAUGAAGUGUAGCCUCUCUGUGCAACAGUAAGAGAAAUGACACCACUAGCUCAUAUUUCCCAGCAUGGCUCUUUGUCAGAGAGUGUGAUCUGAAAAAUGGAAAAGUAGAGAAAGGAGCUGAGACACCAUUAUUAUAUAAGGGUCAUAAAAAUAGGACCAUUACCAUCAAGGACACCAUUAUAAGAGGGCAUUUAUUUAUCAUCAUCAUCAUCAUCAUCAUCUGCUGCCUCUGCUCCCACUACCCCACUGCCAUUAUCGUUUCCCCCUCAUCAUCAUCAUCAUCAUCAUCAUCAUCAUCAUCAUCAUCAUCAUCAUCCACCCUCAUCAUCAUUAUCAUCAUCAGCAGCAGCCUCACCAUUAUAGUCAUCAUCAUUAUCAUUAGGCUCGGUAAUCAUCGACGAGGGGUUUCCAUGGGGCAGGAUAAAAGGGCAGUCUUGACUCUCGCCUUCGUCACAUCCCGCCUUGGCAUAUGUGAAGGAAGGUGGUUUUCCUCUGGCUCAUUCACUCUAAGAAGCACCAGCCAAAGCCGGAGAGGGCUGCGUCUUGAAGUCAUGAAGCUUUUCUCUCUACCUCCUGGGAAAAAUGCCUUUCUUCUUUGUCUUUACUCUUUUGUCUGAAAACCUCUGAUGGCAUAACAACAGCUAAAACGCAGUUGACCUUGAUUUUAAAACUAAGUAGCUGCUGAGAUUGGUUUCUCUGUGUAUCCUCUGGGUGAUGAGGAGAGCCCUGCCUACGGCCAGCUCAGCAUGGAAAGUGAAACAGACAACUCUCGCAGCACAACUGACAACGGGAGGGAAGACGAGGGCAGAGCAGCCCAGUCUGAGCCCAGUUUUCCCCCCUACCUGUCCUGCAGGGGCUGCGGACAGCUCCGAGACGAACCUCUGGGACCUGGCAUAGACCUUGUUGGUCCGUAUUGCCUUAGGUGCUGUAAAGCCUCCAGGGAUGCCAAAAGUACAGACUUCUGUUCAUCUUUCGGAGGCAUCAGCGGGAUUCGCUCAGGUUGCCACCCGCAGCUCGACGGCGACGGGAUGGGAAACGGGAUGGGCGACAAAGCCCUGACGGCCGAGGACAAAUCGCCCAAACUGCACUCGUGUCACCUCUGCGGCUUCUCCUCCCGUUACGCCAACCACGUGAAGCGUCACAUGAAGACGCACAACGGGGAGAAGCCCUUUAACUGCCCCCUGUGCACUUACGCCUCAGCCCAGCUGGUGAACCUGCAGAGACACCUGCGCAUUCACACUGGGGAAAAACCUUACAAAUGUGACAGCUGCACUUUUGCCUGCAGUUCCCUCGGCAACCUCAAGAGGCACCAGCGCAUGCACGUGCCCUCUGCGGGGGCGGGACAGGACGCCCCGCCACGACCUGCUAGCGGUCAGAACAGUCUGAAGAGGCAUGUGACUGGGCAAAGAUCCAACGGGGAAGAGCCUGGUGCUUCAGCCAAGGUUUCAGAUAUUGCAAGGCCGACAUCAAACCUGAGUUUGGGAACCCAGAACAGUGACUAUCUAUCAGCCUUUGAUGGCUUAAAGGGGGCAUCGCCACCGCCCAUACCACCCUCUAACCCACCUCCUGGCCACCAGCCUCCACCUGUGCUGCAGACCACAGGCAGCGGUGGCAGCAGGGCAACCAGAGGGGGCGUAGCAGAUGGGCCCGCCCUCCCCCCUUCACUUUUCCCUUUUACUUGCCGGUUGUGUGGCAUUGUUCUGGAGGAUGAGGACGGCUCCUCAGCCCAAAUCUGUGCCAAGUGCACCCUUGAAAUGCUGACUAAAGACACCUCAUCAUCUCCCAACAGCCCUGGUGAGCGCAGCGACAAGGUGUACACCUGCGCCGCCUGCCCCUUCCUCACGCACUACCCAAACCACCUGGCGCGCCACAUGAAAACUCACAGCGGCGAGAAACCGUACAAGUGCCCACAGUGCGACUACGCCUCAGCGCACUUCGACAACCUCAAGCGCCACCACAGAGUGCACACGGGCGAGAAACCUUACAAGUGCCAUUUGUGCGAUUACGCCUGCGGGAACUUGGCCAACCUGAAGCGCCACCAACGGGUGCACUCCGGCGCCAAGCCUUUCCAGUGCGCUGUGUGCAGCUACAGCUGCAACCAGAGCAUGAACCUGAAGCGGCACAUGCUUCGGCACACCGGGGAAAAGCCGUACAAGUGUCAGGAGUGCGGCUACACCACCGGCCACUGGGACAAUUACAAGAGACACCAGAAGAAACACGGCCUGGCCACGGACGGAUGGGUCAAGGUUCCAAUGACUAGCAACGAUGAAGACGAAGUAAGGAAAGGGAUGGGAGUCGGAGUCCAAGCUCACAGAAAAGAAGCAGGGGUUGAUAUGCAGUAUAUGUCUCGAGAGGGAGGUCAGACAAUACACUCGUGCUACAAACUUGAGAUUGUAUAAAAUAUAACUCAGCAGAACUAAGCUACCAGCAACUUUUUAUUUUAUUUUAAUUUUUUUUUUCACAGAGCCUUUAUAUUGUGUUAGUGUGUCAGUCUUUUAGUGUUUUGUCAGAUGUCUUCAGAGGCUGCUAAUUGUUCAUUUGUAGAACCUCGCACAAUUAUAAAAAACAAUUGUUCGGAAUAUGUUGAUGCCUUUUGGAUUAAGUAAGGUGGUCGAGUCUGGUCAUAGUUUGUCUUCUACUCUGUAACUCUGUGUUUGUGUCAAGACAAAUGGACUGUCUCUACUGUUGAAGUCCUAUUACUGUCUCAUUCUGUAUGUUACCACUCACUAACUCUUAACAUUUCCCUCUCACACUACAACACAUAUCUUGUUCUUCAUUCUAGGACAGAGAAAACUACCAAAUACUCCUCAACACAUGGAACUCAUGCACAUUUUUGGCUGAGCUGUCGAGUUGCACUGUGUAGUUUUUGUAAAAGAGGUUUUGCUGAAUAAAAGAUCGUCGCUAUUUUUAUCAAAGUCGUCAGUGCCGCAAGUUUAGGUCAAACCUUUUGUUGUGUACCCAAAGUCAAAUGAAAUAACAUGAAUGUAACUCGUAUAUACACCUUUCUUUCCACCCUCCCAUCACAUUUACAGAACGGAAACACUGAUUAAUCUUCAGGUUGAUUCAUGAGGUUAUUUAAAUUUUAAUUCAGACAUAAAAUAUGUGCUGAUUGACAAGUUACUUCCUUGAGACUACACAGUGCAGCUUUAAGUAGGUCCUACAAAGGGUCAGUUUGUGCUUUCUUUGCAUAGGGGCACAAGCUCUAGUAACAGCAUGCCUUCAGAUGAAUUUACUGAUGUAUCUACUACUAGCAAAGUGCUAUUUAAUAGUACUGGAAUUGUUUUACACUCGAUAAACUAUAUUGAAUUACUAGGUUUUGUUAAACUCACUAAUUAAUCUCCUGUGUCUUGAACUGCAUUGUCAUUUUUGCCAAACCCCUCAGGAUAAAAAAAAAAAGAAAGAAAAAUUGUGGAACGCCUAAAGUGUUGGCAAAAAAAGAAUAAUUUCUAUUUAUUUUAAAGCUAAAAUUGCAUGCACAAGCAUUUUAGUUUUGACUGGUUGUACAAUUAAAGGGAAAAGCACAGUCAAACACACACGGCUGCAUUUUGGCAGGUUUAGGGUUAAAUUAGAAAAGAAAGAACAUCAGUACAUCUCUCUUAUUUGUAUUUCAGAGGUGACAUAAAUUGUACAUGAGCAUGCUGUUCAAGAAUUUCCCCUAUGAACUUGCUACAUAUCAAUAACUAAAAUUUUUAGAUCUUAAAUUUAUUCCUUUUGGGACAUGUCUUUUUGGGAAGAGUCUUAUUGGGACAGACUGUAGAAUGCCCUUCUCUGGAUUACUGUUUACUAUUAACUGUGAAAUUAGCCCAUUCUUGUGUUUUUUAUUCUUUUGUUUUUAUGGUAUUUUUUUUUUUACUUGAGAAAAAGAUUACACAAUUUGUAAGCAUGUGAGUGUCUAAUAGUUGUUUUAUUUUUCUAAUGUGGCUGUAAUACACUGCUAGAAGUGCAUACUUUAAUAUAUAGAAUUAGAUUUUUUUUUUUUUUCCUUGAAUGUGUGGUGUGUCAUUUAGUUACCAUGGGAAAACAAUAGGGACAGUGAAUUUAAAUUUACUCUUUGUGAAUGACUAUUAUAUGCAAGUGAGAUAUUUUUCAGGUUGCCAACUUGCCGCGACACAAUGGAGCAUUGAACCCAUUGAAUAGUACCGACAUCCCCCAAGUUUCCAUUUUUGUCCUUAUGCAGUGUCUCAUAAAUGCCUUAAGUGAAAUUUGAAAUAAACACAUGGGAUUCAUUUCAUUGAAUGUCAGACAACA